AUGAAAAAUAACAAUUUUAUCACGAAUCUAUCUUAUCUUGAUGGAGGAGCUAUAUAUUUAAACUAAAUAUCAGAAAUAGUCAUUAUUGGUAACACAUUUUAGUAAAACGAAUCAAAGACAGGAAAUGGGGGAGCUAUUUAUUGCUCCAGUAGCAUAUUUUCUUAGUUUCAUGGAAAUACUUUCUUUUAAAAUUCUUGUAGAUAAGGCUCAGGUGGAGCAUUAUUGUUGAACAACUGUGAUAUUUAAAACAUGACAGAUAAUAUUUUCAAAUAAAAUUCUGCUCUAAUAGGAGGUGCUUUUAGAUAUUAAGGCAUAUAGCCUUAUGUUUUAUAAACAGCAAAUGUGAGCCAAAAGAUACUUAUCUAAAAUUAAAAUUCUUUUAUUAAAAACUAUGCAUAAUUAUAUGGAAAAAAUAUAGGUUCAUAUCCAUUUUAUUUGGAUGUUAAAAAUUAAAUGCAAGAUGAUCUAAAGAUCUAAAAUGCUAAAUUAGAAAACUUAUAAAGUGGUAGCACGACUUCACCUAUAAUAAUGAGAUUAAUUGAUGAAGAAAUGAGAGAAGUUAGUUUUUUUAAAAAUACAAAAUAGAUAAAUUAAGAAAUCUUAAUGGAAUUUGGUAACUAUUUACUUGAAUUGUAAAGUUAAGAAGUUGGGCUUUAUGGUGAUCUCAGAUAGAAUUAUAAUUUUAAUUAAUUUGGUUUUGUUUUUAAUGUGUCCUAUUCCUAUCAGCCUAAUGCUAACUCCUCUAUUAUAGUUAAAACAGUUAACCCUAUCCCUAUUUUAAAUACCACAACUUUUAAAUUCGACUAUCAAGAGCUAAGUAUCACUAUUGAUGUUAACUUUAGGAAGUGUUAGUAAGGAGAAAUUUUACAAACUUUGUAGAAGUAUAAAAUAUGUUAUACUUGCUAAUAAGGUAAUUAUUGUUUGCAAGAUCCAAAUUAAUUAGAAAAUUUGCAGUGUCUCAAAUGCCCUAUAGGUUCUAAAAAUUGUUAUUCAAAUAUCAUACAGUUAUAAAAUGGGUAUUGGAGUAAGAACUAAAAUUCAGACUAAAUUUACUAAUGUAUUAACCCAUAAAUUUGUAUCCCUGAAGACCCUUCAAAUAAGUUUGGAUGCUCAAUAGGACAUGUAGGAGCUAUUUGUGAAUCUUGUGAUUCUUAUGGAAUUGUUUGGGGAUCAAAAUACGGAAGAAAUAGUUGA